UUUAUAAAGUUUGUUUAAAUAAUGUUUUUACCACCAUUAUUGCAGUUUUUUUUAUAAUGAAGCCUGUUUAUGCUGAAUUCUGUCCAGAUAAGAGUAUGUAAUGCAUGAAUUAGCCGAGCUUUGAUCCCUGUCAUAAACACGAUGUGCUAAACUAGGAUAAUAGCAGAGCCGGGUAAUUACUGGGAUGUUAGAACUAGUUUCAGGGACUGUGGGGUGGUGAGCUGCUGGGGCUGGAGUUCGGCAUGCUUAAUACUAUUCAGUGACUCAAAAAUAUUUUGUUUGUGUGAGUCACUGAACCAGUACUAUGCCAAAGUCUGUACAUGUGUCAUAGUUUGAUGACAUAACUGCAUAUUAUCGAAUUCAGGUGGUGUGGUAGGUAGGUGACGCAAUCUGAAAAGACAUAAACCCGAUAUAUAUGUUCUUCUCUUUUGUAUAGCGGUAUCGACGCUAUGCUUAGUGCGAGAGGUCUCCGCCAGUGUGUGGAUUGCCUCGCCCUGUGUGAUGCGCCGUCCUGCAGGAACUGAGGUUCGCUACAAAAUUCUCCAAUGGAUAAAGAAGCGUAGAUAAUCCAUUGUUUGAGAGCGGUUACCACGCGUCGUACAGUGGUUUAUUUUGAAUUGAGUGUUAUCUUAAAAUCUACGCCCUUCCAAUUAAACCUAGAGUUUGAAAAUAAUAAUUCAUGAACUACUCCCAUAGACCAGACAAAACACCUUAUUCCAUUUACAAAAUGGACAGUGUUGAUAAGUGCAUUACUGUGUGAACAGAUUACCAAUGUCAUUAACAUGUGAUUUCCCGGACGUGUAGUGUUAAAAUAAUCAGAAUGUAUGGGGACAGAUCAAUAUUUAUUUUACAAAAAAAGAGGGUCGUUUUUUAAUCAUCAUAAAAUGAAUUCAGAAACGCUCUUAUCAACAUAGCCUUAUGAUUUAUUUUUAAAUGACCUAUAACCUAGCGUGCAGACAUUGCGUAAAAUCGAUUUCUGUGCGUCUCCAAUCCAGUAUUAACUCUGUGCUGCGUCGAAACAGUAUGAAUUGCUGUGGGCAGUCUCUUUGCAGCUGUGGGCUGGACUUUCUCGUUUUACCAGCAGCCACUGAUUGACAUUCCUGCAGCUCAAAGCGCGCAUUCAUUGCUGUUAUGGAAACCAGAAGCUGCGGCAGUUGCAAGGCUUUGUGAAAGGGAGAACAUGGGUCAUUGGUUGUUGGAAUAAUGGAGCAGCAGGAGAAAUGGCCAGAUCAGCGAGCAGCAACAGCAACGACACAGUGUCUCCCCAGGACGGGGAUGAGGUUCGGGAGCUGUACGACCCAAAGGAGCUGUCAUUGGAAGAAGUGCUGAAAUGCUACGAACAGCCCAUUAAUGAAGAACAGGCAUGGGCUGUGUGCUACCAGUGCUGUCGGGGAUUAAGCCAGCUCCUCCCGGGAGAGGACCAGCGUGAGUUUGGGAGAGUCAAGGAUCCUGGAUCUGUAUUGUUGCACAAGGAUGGGACAGUCACCUUGUAUAGGGAUCAAAGCACCCAAGAUGCGAAUAGGAAACUCUCUGAGCAGGCAACUUCAGACGGGAAGAUUGUGCAGUCCCUGGGCUUUGCCAUCUACCGUGCGCUGGACUGGGGCCUGGACGACAGCGAGGAGCGGGAGCUGAGCCCCCAGCUGGAGCAGCUCAUCGAUCUCAUGGCCAACGGGGAUAGCGAGGGGGGCAGCAGCGGCACGGCAGACGAGGGCUACAGUGGGCAGGAGGAAGAGGAGGAGCCGGAGACAGAGGGCCCGCCCCGCACCGUGCGCUCCUUCCACCAGGUGAUGGCAGUGUGUGCUGCCCGACUCUCCAACCCCUCUGAGGCCCACACCCACUACCAGGCAGUCUGCCGAGCUCUCUUCGUGGAGACCUUGGAGCUCCAGACCUUCCUCAUCCAGAUCAAGAACGCCAAGGAGAUGCUGAACAAGAUCCGAGAGGAGGAGAAACCUGAAGCGGGACCCACAGCCGAGUUAGACAAGCUCAGGCACACAGACUGGGCACGGCUCUGGGUGCAGUUGAUGCGAGACCUGCGGAAUGGUGUCAAGCUGAAGAAGGUCCAGGAGCAGCAGUUUGACCCGCUGCCUACCGAGUUUGAGCUCACCCCCUUCGAGAUGCUCAUGCAAGACAUCCGCGCCCACAACUUCAAACUGCGCAAGGUCACGGUUGACAGCAGCAUCACAACACGGGUAAAGAAGGAUGCUCAUGAACUCAUCCUGGAUUUUAUCAGAUCUCGACCUCCAUUAAAACCGGCAUCUGAAAGGAGACUUCGGCCACUGCCUGAGAAGGAGCGCACCCUCCAUGAGAAAAUCCUGGCAGGAAUCAAGCAAGAGAGGAAGCUGCGACCAGUGGAGUCCCCCUGCCAGAACAGGAGAAACUUUGGCUCCCUGCCCUGCAUUGUCCAGGCCUACUCCAGUGAUGUGAUGUCCACCUCUUGCAUUGACCUCUCCAUGCCAGAGGGUGCUGCCAGAGCCCCACCGCAACGCCCUCGGGUCCUGCUCAAGGCACCGACCCUGGCUGAGAUGGACGAGUUGAAUAUCUCUGAGGAAGAAGAGUCUCCGAAUGGGGACAUGAAGAGGGUGGAGAGUUCGCCGGUGCCUCUGAAGCGCAACCACUCCUUCUCUGAGCGAGACCUGGUCCAGCUGCAGAGCGAGAUGGCACAGUCACAGUCUGCGUCGGCACACUUUGCUGGGAGAGGGGAGCGGCCGCGCUCUGGAAGUGUGGGCCUCUCAUCCAGGGAUGCGAUUCACUAUAGGGCUUCUUCCCCUGCUGGGGGUCUGGCAGCCAAGAGGUCAGUGGCGUUCUCCCCUGGGAGAGGCUCACUUAGCUCAGUGGAGGAGAGGUCAGAGAGAGACGGCAGCUCUUUGUCCAAACACAGCUCCACGAACCAGUGGAUGGAAGAGUUCAGCCAUCCUGUGGAGAGUCUUGCUCUGACCAUAGAGGAGGUGAUCACCGUGCGCAAGGUGUUGGUGAAAGCUGAAAUGGAAAAGUUCCUUCAGGACCGGGAGCUGUGCAAUAACCUGAAGAAGGGAAAGGUUUGUUGCUGCUGUCGAGUGAAGUUCCCAUUGUUUUCAUGGCCGUCGAGUUGCCUCUUCUGCAAAAGAAAUGUGUGUGGAUCAUGCAGUGUAAAGAUGAAGAUCCCUUCAAAGAAGCUGGCACACAUACCUGUUUAUGCCAUGGGUUUUGAGAGCACUGGAGGCCGUCACUCCAAGAAGCAUGAUGUCUAUCAGUCUCUAAGGAGUCUGAGCUGCCGGUCGGUUGAAGAGGAGUUCCCUCAUCUCUAUGCCAACGGCUGCAGUCUGAAGGAUAUCUGCACUGAGUGCACCAAGUUUGUCGGUGAUGUCAUCACCUCGAGCCGGAAGAGUUUGGACAUUCUGAACACCACACCCAGAAAAGCCCAAUCCCUGCGUGUCCCUGUUGGCAGGUCUGCAAAGUAUAAAUAAACUCCUUUUUCGGGACUUAAUUCAGCCAUCUCCGAACUGAAAAAGCAUAAUGUUCCUUUACCGGCAUGUUCUAAAUAAUGCAGUAUUGCCUGUGAUAGCUUCUCCUUCCGGUUCUCUCCUGAAGCACAUUCCUCAGCAUCUUGUCUGAAAGAACAGCUGUACAGUCGGCCAGGUAUGGCCUUGCAAACCCACGGAGUGUGUUGCCAUUGGCUUUGCAAAUCACAAAAUCAUUGUAAAAGUAUUUAAUGAAUGUGAUCCACAACUACAUCUGAAAUAUGCCUUCUGUAUUGGAGUGGACAGCAACAUUCUGCCUUGCCUCAACAAGUGCAGCUUGGAUUUAAAAAAAGGGAACAUGCAAGGCAGUGAUUCAGGAAAGGUGUUGGGAUGGGAUUAUGAAACUCCAGAAACUUGAAAAAAGACACUAACCUUUCUAUGUUGUCCACACUGAGAACUAGCGAAAUAUUCUUUAUCUAAGCGUUAUAGUUCAUCAGGACUUCCAUCAUAACCACCAUGGAUGUGGCUUGAGAUGUACAGUAAUUCCUGAUGAAAGAUUUGUAUGUAUAUAAAAAACAACACAUGUAUUGCUAUUGCUGCUGCUGCUGCUGCAGAAUGAAAGAAAAUGCACCUCCUAAAGUGUAAAGCAGAAGACUACUGUUUGUCUUUUAUGUGUAUAUAUGAGGAGUACCAUUUUUUUUUUAUCCCUCAGUAAACAAAUAUGAUGUACAGUAUUUGCAUUGGAAUUCUGCAAUCCAGACCUUGUAUUGAGACAUGUUAUCCACCCAGUAGCUGGUCUUUAAUUGAUAGCAUGGGAAUGUUUUCAUUUUAAUAACGUAACUCAACAGGGUAGUUACACAUGAAUGGUUGCAUUUCCAACCAUUGAGUUCUGUGGUUGCAGAAUUACAACAAGGCUACUACAGCAUGAAGAGCCAAGAUGGAUUUUCAUAAUGGCAAUAAUAACCUAGACCUACUGAAGCUACCAGUGCGGUCUUUCAUUAAGAUUGCUUCCCAGUUAAUUUUAAAAAAAAAGUUUAACUUGUUUUUAUGUCCUGCUGCUCUGGAGAGUUUAUGUUGUGUGUUGUGUGGUUGUUUUUUUUUUUUUUUGGUUUUUUUUUUAUACUUGGUUUGUGUUUGUCAUGUUACCCUACAUUUGUUCUCAUGAGAAAACAUUGUAUGCUAGAUUUGUGACGAUAGGGAAAGCUACCUGGCUUUGAUUCUCCAGUUAGCUGUAUUAAAAUGGUGCCAACAGCAAAAGGAUCAUCUUAACACGGAAUAAAAUGAAACUGCAAUAAAACUGUGCUGUAGUG